CACGCACGCACUCCCUCUCUUGCCCCUCACUCUCUCAUACUCUCCUCCCACCAGUAUUGCAAUUUGCAUACUAAUGAGCGUGAGGCGCAGCUAGCAGCCGCUGGAAUAUAAUUCCUUCUUCCUGCUUCUCGGAGAGAGAGAGAGAGAGAGAGAGAGAGCAAGCUUCGGUUCCUCCGUUUUUUAUUCCUUUUUUUCCCUUCUCGCGCGUGUGAUUUUUUUCAGCCUCUUCCUCUGUCUCCUUUUGCUCCCCCCCCCCCUUCGUGGUUCCCCCCCUCCCGCUCCCCCCCCCUCCUCCUGUUUCUGUUCCUCAGAAGUGGUCCACGCUAACAGCGCGUGGAGCGAACAAGACCAUUCCGCUCAGAGAGGGGGAGAAACAUGUGAGAAGAUGUCCGUAGGAGGCUGUGCGUGCCCUGGCUGUUCCUCUAAGUCGUUCAAGCUGUACUCUCCAAAGGAGCCCCCUAACGGUAGCGCCUUUCCUCCCUUCCAUCCAGGCACCAUGCUGGACAGAGAUGUGGGUCCUACGCCAAUGUACCCUCCAACGUACCUGGAGCCUGGAAUUGGGAGGCACACGCCGUACGGGAACCAGACGGACUACAGAAUAUUUGAGCUGAACAAGAGGCUACAGAACUGGACAGAGGAGUGUGAUAAUCUGUGGUGGGACGCCUUCACUACAGAGUUCUUUGAGGACGAUGCCAUGUUGACCAUCACUUUCUGUCUGGAGGAUGGGCCCAAGCGAUACACGAUUGGCCGGACGUUGAUUCCGCGGUACUUCCGCAGCAUCUUCGAAGGGGGCGCCACCGAGCUGUACUACAUCCUGAAGCACCCCAAGGAGGCCUUCCACAGUAACUUUGUGUCGCUGGACUGUGACCAGUGUACCAUGAUCACACAGAACGGCAAACCCAUGUUUACACAGGUUUGUGUGGAGGGCCGCCUGUACCUGGAGUUCAUGUACGACGACAUGAUGAGGAUAAAGACGUGGCACUUCAGCAUCAGGCAACACCGCGAGCUCAUCCCGCGUAGCAUCCUGGCCAUGCACGCCCAGGACCCCCAGAUGUUGGACCAGCUGUCGAAAAACAUCACGAGAUGCGGCCUCUCCAACUCCACGCUCAACUACCUCCGACUCUGUGUGAUCCUGGAGCCCAUGCAGGAGUUGAUGUCCAGACACAAAACCUACAGCCUGAGUCCUCGGGACUGCCUGAAAACCUGUCUGUUUCAGAAGUGGCAGAGAAUGGUGGCCCCUCCAGCGGAGCCGGCGCGACAGGCCCCCAACAAGCGCCGAAAAAGGAAGAUGUCGGGAGGCAGCAACAUGAGCGCGGGAGGGGGCAGCAACAGCAACAGCAACAGCAAAAAGAAGAGCCCCGCCAGCAGCUUUGCCCUCUCCAGCCAGGUACCUGACGUGAUGGUGGUGGGCGAGCCCACCCUGAUGGGCGGUGAGUUUGGGGACGAGGACGAGCGGCUGAUCACUCGGCUGGAGAACACCCAGUUUGACGCGGCCAACGGCAUCGACGACGAGGACAGUUUCAACAACUCCCCCGCGCUGGGCGCCAACAGCCCCUGGAACAGCAAAGCGCCCUCCAGCCAGGAGAGCAAGAGCGACAACCCCACAUCGCAGGCGUCCCAGUAAACUGGGGGUGCGGUGUGGGGCGGGGAGGGGGAGGGGGGCGGGGAGGGGAGGGGUUUCACUCCCGCUCGCGUGUAGGGGGACUACUCGCUCAUCUACCUGCAGAAUCACACAUGCUAAAGUGGCACUCAAACCUGGUUCUCAGCUCACCGCGUCAGCCCUAGACCCCCCCCCCCCCCCACUCUCCCUCCGCAAAGUGAAGGACUAUUUAUUACACGCGCUUUUCCAACCGCUUGCUGCUGCUAACCCCCGAAAUUUCCAUAGCUUUGCCGAUCGGAUGCCAAAAAGCAGCAGCUGGCGCUCUCGGUCGCUCCGGCCGCGCCAGCCCGAAGGGUCUUUUUUUGUCGUCGGCUGUUUUUUUUUUUUCUUUUUCUUUUUUUGUUUUUUUUGACUGCGUGGCGGUCCGGCGGGCCCCUUCGCUGCGGACGCGCUUUUGACGAAGCCCCGGGGUCAAGGGUCAGCCGUCGGACUUCUCCGCUGGGGCGCGGCGGCCGGUCAGGUUCUUGUUCCAACUUUGGCGUGCGAGUCGGGCCCCGACCCCCAGGGCAGGGGGGGGGGGGUCCUCCUCUCACUGCUCCUGCAGACUUGCAUUCUUAAGACUCUCAGAAAGGUAGUGUUGUGUGCACUUCGGGUGAAGGCGGAGGCUCGGUUUGUAAAAAUCAAAUUAUUUGUUUUGUAGGACCUGGUUGGAACAAAAACCUGUACUGUGCCGGAGCUUGAGGACCGGAGUUGAGAACCACAGCGUUUAAAUCUUAAAAAUACACACAGACAGUAAACCAUUGAGGUACUGGGGUUUGCUCAUGCACCGUGGUAUUGGCGACGGUGACUCUGAAUGCCAUUCCAAGACUGUUUCCUUCAACAUAAACUUCUGGAGAACGUGUUUUUAUUUUUUAAAUCUUGUCUUUUUUAAGAUAAUUUCUAAAAGAAAUAAAAGAAGGAACAAAAAAAAAAAAACAACUUUAAAUGUUCUUCACAUUGUUUUCCCUGCAUUUCCCACUUUUGUUUUUAGUUUUUUUCCCCCCUCUGUUAUUUCCCUGAUUUUAAACUUUGUUGGGCCUGAUAACUUGUAACUGCAAAAAAAAAAAAAAAAAAAAAAAAAAAAAAAAAUCUAUAUAAAUGUGUAAUGCUUAAUUCUAAAGAAUUUUGUAUAGUUGUUAGUUACUUGUUGAAUUAGGAAUUGUAUGGUUUUGUGUUUGAUUUGUGAUCAAAUCUGCAAAGGUAAUGCCUCCUAGAAAUAUCUUUGGAUGACCAUGAUCUUGUCCUCUGGAAUGUUUAGCACAUUGUCGCCCAAUCCAACAAUACAACGCUCACAUUUCCCCUGAUGCUCCGACAGAAUUGUUGCAACGUUGCGGCAGCAUUGCCACAACGUUACAGUAACGCUACAAGAACUGUGGGCUUUAGUCAGGAUAUUUUUCUCAAAGGUAGGGUGAGAUAUGGGUAUGGGCGCAGAUUGUGCCAUUUCAGAAAGGGGUAAAUUACCAUUGUACGUUUUGGAGGUUUUUCUGUGUCCGCUAGCUAUAUAUCCCUUCCACACCUCCGAGAAGACUCCGUAGUAUUGCAUGCUUCUUGCCAAGCAUGGCCCCAGACGAGAGGGGGGGAGAGCAAGGUUUCCCUGCGUUUUAGACUGCUUCCAAAACAAACUGCUCUAUCUGGUUUACCACCUCUCUGAUCCAGCCGUCUGUAGUGUCGCAAGGAAACUGAUUUGCCGAUGUGGAAGUUACCGGGCAUAAAAAUAGCAUUUAUCCAUACAACAUUAAGCAUCGAGUUCUCCCUCUCGGUUACCGAAGUUCAUCAAUUUAGCUAUUUGCAUGGGUGCAGACACCCAGUACCUCUUCAAUUCAACAGUCCAGCGUAAUUUUGUUGUUCUGAAUUCUAAAAGAAGAAAAAAAAAAAUCACAACACAGCAUUUGAAAGAAUCCAGUUUUAUACUAGCCUCUAUUCCCAAGAAUGUUUUUAUUUUGUUUCUUUUUUAUUUUUUACUGAUAUUGAAAGCUACAGACCAAGGAGCUACCAGGACUUGCAAGAUCCUCUUAAUCCCCUUCCCCCAAAAUAUAUUGGUUUGUAUUUUUUUUAAAGAAAGUAAUUUUGUGUGGGCUUUUCUUUUUUAAAUUCAGUUUUUGUGUAUUUGUGCUUGUAUAUUUAAGGUAGUAGCAAAGUUCUGUAUAACUGUAAUUAAAUGUACUCUUCCUUAGAACACCCUAAAGCCAUCCCUAUCUAAUGUAUCAAAAUGAAAAAAACAAAAACAAACAGAACCCCCCCCCCCCCUUUUUGAAACUUGUAUGAAAUUGAUCUUCUAAGGGUACAGUCACCAUUCAAGCGGGGAAAUCAUUUUCCUCCAAGCUGCAAUUUCUUAUUUUUCUUCUUUGUGCAUUUGUUCAGUACUGGAGUUCUGCAGUCCUGGUUACUGCAGUGUAUAACUAAAUUUGAAACGUGUCCAAGAAAAGCUUUCCUAGAUUCUCGAGUUGAUUAAUAUCCCAUAUUUUCCCACUGCAGAAUGUAUUCUCUAGAAAUGUUUUUUUUUGUUUGUUUAAGUGUUGAAUCUGUCAUUGUGACCAUAAAUUCAUGCAAUUACUAGCAUACCUUUGCAGCUUUAACAUCUCUUUAAGCUCUGAAUGUUUAAUGGUGAUGCCACAUUACCCUGACCAUUGUGUCUUGUAAGUACUGGUGCGCACCACCAGAGGGCACCCCUGGGUGCCUCAAAAAUAAACAUUCUGCCUGAGCUGAUGUGUAGCAGAAUUGAAGAGGGGAAACCCCCGUUAAGCCUUUUACUCACAAGCUUUAGGUCCUUUCUAAAUUAAUCCGGAUUAAAAUUGUUCAGUGAUCCUAUCAAAAUUUCUGGUACGAUUUGCAUAUUGUAGUUCCCGCACUUGAAAUUGGAAAUAAAAUGGUGACGUGUACCCUUGUGCUCUCUCUAUAGAGCCUCCUGUCUUUGGGGCUGUUUGAUAUAAUUUUUUUGGUUUGCUUAGUUUCUGCCAUUGAUAAUUCAUGUAUGGUACAAAUAAAGACAAAUUUUCACUUUA